CCUUCACUGUGAGUUUUCAGCUAAAUCCCUCCUCCCUUUCUCAGUUUUUGUGGAGAGACAGGUGCUCCGUUCCAGUCAUCCCUUCCCAUAUCCCCUCCUUCCCUAGUCACCAUUUACCCUCUCUCUCGGGCCUAGCACGUUAGAUCAGGUCCUUCUCGUAUGUGAACCUGAAGCUGCUGCCUCUGUAAGCUGGUUACCCCCUCAACAACUACAUCUUCUUCUCUCUCUCCCAUUUCUUUUAUCUAAUUUAGGGUUAGCAAAUGAUGAAUGUAACUCAAUGCCCUCGUCUUCUGAGAUCAAAAUCCAUCAAGAUCAGAGCAGGUAUGAAAGGACGGAAUAUCUCAUCAGUGAAAGAAGCUCCUAAGUCUAUGGAAGGUGAAGAAACUAAUGAUUCAGCAAUUGUGAAAGAAGCUCCUACUUCUAUGGAAAGUGAAGAAAAUAAUGUCCUAUCAGUGAAAGAUGAAAUUCCUAUUUCUAUGAAAAGUGAAGAAACUAAUGCCUCAUCAGUGAAAGAAGUUCCUAUUUCUAUGAAAAGUGAAGAGGUAUCACUGGAAAGCGUUGAUCUUAUUCCUCUGGGAAGAAUGCUAACUAAGAUCGACAUUCCUAUUUUGACGGAAGAAAACUAUGAGACUUGGAAAGAAAAGAUGGAAAAUUUCUUGAAGAGCGGAGGACUGUGGGAUCAUGUCGUCGGGAAAAAAUGUCCACCCAGUAGAGUAAGUGCAUUCAUGCUUUGGAAACUGGACAGGGGAGUGUCUAGAUUAAUAGUAAGAAGCAAGUGUGGAGCAAGGACAGUACCAUAUACUGAUGGACUAGACAUCCCACAAGUUUGGAGCCAAUUGGUUACCAUGUAUGGGUUCACUUAUCCAACAAAAACGACAGGGAAGAUGACCAAGAGUACAAAUUACACAUGAUGUUUGCCUUUUUAUAGAGAUAUCAUUGCUGGUAAUUGGAAGACUAUCUCACAGUUCCUCUCAAACAACAAAGGAGCUCUUACAGCCAGGCUCACAUCAUCAGGAGAUCUUCCUCUUCAUGUGGCAGUUCAAAAUGGAAAGGUUAAAAUUGUAAAAGAAUUGAUAAGAAAUAUGCCUACAAACCUUCUAUCAGAAAAAGGAAAAGACGGCAGAACAGUAUUCCAUAUUGCUGCUGUAGAUGGGAAAAUAGAAAUCGUCAAGGCCAUCGUAGAAAAGGAUGAGAAACUAGUGAUGAUCAAAAGUAAAUCCUAUUCCGGUUGCAUUCCGAUCAUGGUCGCUGCAGAGGCCGGCAACAAAGACGUGGUGAAUUAUCUUUACCCAAUCACCAUAAGCCAAGAAGGUAAUCAGAAGGAAGGCCACAAUGACGAACGUGAAAAAACUAAAGCUACAAUUCUUACUUCUCUAAUUUUUGGUGAUUUCUAUAGGCUAGCUCUUGAUCUACUAAAAAAAUGCCCACAUUUACUCUUGACCAAGGAUGAUUUCAAGCUUACAGCCAUGGAAGUGCUCGCAAUGAAGCAUUCUGCAUUUCAAAGUUCAUUACCAACCAAAAGAAUUAUUGCGACCUUGGGAUAUUCUUUCUUGAAUUCGUUGCUAGAUAUCCAUCUCCCCGAAAACGCUUGUUGGCGCGCAAGAAGAGACGAGGAAAAUUCAUUGGAUGCCAGCGGAGACAGUUCGAAUGAUAAGCCCAUGUUUGGUCCAAUCAGCAACUAUCCUCAGCUUCUAUGGUUAUGCUUCCGCAGAUUACUUCAGAAUGCACUUAUUAAAUUUGGUGAGAAAUUGAAACCGAAUCACCCUAUCAUCAUCAUCAUCAUCAUCAUCAUCAUCAUCACUCUUAUUGCCUACAUAUAUACAUUGGUAGUGCCUGGUUGCAGGUACAUCUAUGAUGAGAAGUUGAAGCAUUAUGGAGCUUCUAAGCUAGUAAAAGAAGUAUGGAGGGUAAUAUCACAACACGAUGACCUUCAAAGUGUGAAGGAUGUAGUGGUUACAGCAAUGUUUAUAGCAACACGGAAUGGGAUUGUUGAAUUUAUUGAAGAGUGUAUCAACAAUUGUCCUCAGCUUCUAAUGAACAAGGGUGACAAAUAUAAAAGCCAAACAAUAUUUCAUUAUGCCAUCAGUAAUCGCCAGGAAAAGAUUUUUGGGCUUAUACAUCAUCUAGGCCCAUUAAAGCAUGAUCUUGCAAUGAUGAAGGAUGCAUCAGAAAACUGCAUGUCACAUCUAGUUGCAACAGAAAUACCUAUCGAGAGACUCAAUCAAGUUCCUGGUGCAGCUCUGCAAAUGCAACGUGAGCUACUAUGGUAUAAGGAAGUGGGAAGUAUUAUGCCAUCUGCCCAUGAAUUAUUUGAAAACAAGGAUCAGAAGACACCAAGAGUAUUAUUCACAGAGAAUCAUAAAUAACUAGUAAAAGAUGGAGCAGCAUGGAUGAAGGAUACAGCAACACAAUGCAUGGUGGUAGCAACACUUAUCACUACAGUUAUGUUUGCAGCAGUGUUUACUGUACCAGGUCAUACAGGAGGUGGAGAACCCAAUAAUUACAUACAAGGCAAGUUUCCAAUAGUUUUUGUCAUAUCAAAUAUAUUAGCACUUUGCUCUUCAGUCGCUUCAAUGUUGAUGUUUCUAGCCAUUAUUACUUCACGAUAUGCUGAAGAAGACUUCUUGUCGACUUUGCCUCGGAUGUUGAUGUUGGGUCUUUUCUUUCUCUUCAUCUCUAUAGUGGGGAUGAUGAUAGCAUUUGUAGCAGCUACAUUAUUUAUGCUUCACUACAAUCGUCUAUGGGUCUCCUUUCCAAUUGUCUCCCUAUCAAGUAUCCCAAUCAUUAUAUAUGCUUCGGUAGAAUUUCCCCUAUUCGUACAAUUGAUGUUUGCCACAUCCCCAUCAGAUGUUUUCGGGAAGAGAUCUAAAUGAGUAGUAGUAGUUGUAUUAGUUUACCAUCAAUGUGUUGUAGAGGAACACUAAUAAGGAAGUGUCUAGAUAGUUGUAAACCUUCGAAUUGAUUGUUGGUAUUUUAAAUUGAUAAGACUAUAAAUGUCUUCUGUGUUUACUCCUAUA